CCAAAUUGUCACUGCCAAAUAGUGCCAAAUGUCACUAAAUCGUGUCGCAACGCGACGUGUUUUAUUUACAAAAUAAACCUAAUUUAAUAGUUUAGCGCCUAAAAAUGUCGGAAAGAAAAGUUUUAAAUAAAUACUAUCCUCCGGAUUUCGAUCCGUCGAAGAUUCCUCGUAUGAAAUUGGCGAAAAACCGCCAGUAUACCGUACGACUCAUGGCUCCCUUCAAUAUGCGUUGCGCCACAUGCGGCGAGUACAUUUACAAGGGAAAGAAGUUCAACGCCAGGAAGGAGGAUGUUGAAAAUGAAGACUACCUUGGUAUCAGAAUCUAUAGGUUUUAUAUCAAAUGCACAAGGUGCCUACAAGAGAUAUCAUUUAAGACGGACCCAAAGAACACAGACUAUGAGAUAGAGGCAGGUGCAACUCGGAACUUCAUGGCGCUCAAACUUGCUGAGGAGCAGGCUAAGCGAGAGGAAGAAGAACAGAAAGAAGAAGAAGCUAAUAAUCCUAUGAAGCUACUAGAAUACAGAACAGAGCAAUCUAAACAAGAGAUAGAGUCACUAGAAAGCUUGGAAGAAUUAAAGGAGUUGAACAGGAGACAGCACGCGGUAGACUAUGAGGGCAUGCUCAAACAGUACCAGCCAGAGACAACGGAUGAGAGGAGGGCCAGAGAGGAGAAAGAGGAUGAUGAGUUUAUUAAAUCGAUUAAAUUCAACAAUCCAUCGUCAAAAAAGGUGAUUGCCGAAGAAAUCAUUGAAGAAGUGAAAGACGAAGACGACGGGCCUCCAGCGAAGUCUUCGAGAAUAGAAAUCAUACCGCAGAAAACUGUUGAAAAGAAACAAUCAUGGAACAAAAGCAUAGGAGUUAAGAAACCUGCUUUAUCGAACUUAGUGAGAAGUAAGAAAGAUACAGAGACGAAAGUUUCUACGAGUAGUGUAAGUACUGAAGUAGCUAGUAAGAGUAAUUCAAGUGAAGUGACUCCUAAACCGUCGGGACUGUCGUUGUUAGCGAGCUACUCCGGCAGUGAUAGUGACUCGCAGUGAGCUUGUUCAUUAAGUAAGGUUUGACACAAAUAUAGGAUUGGAAUUUA